AUGCCGGAUGGUGAGCCCCUCGAGCAGUCACUUGAGACAGCUUCAGACCUCGCGAAAUUGUUGAGGAGAGCAGAAAACUUGUCCUCCCUCUCACUUCACAUGAAAGUUGAACUCCACCAUGAAUACCGGCCGCUUAAAACCCUUCCUCCAGCUUUGGAAGCUCUUUCAGAUGCUGUUAGAGGAUUGAAAAGACUUCGAUCGCUUCGUUUAAAGAAUUUCCUAUUCCACCCGGGAUUUUUUCUUCCAGUACCAAAAAAUGUAUCCCGAUUGUCUUUUCACAAUAUUCACGCAUAUCCCAAAUCCUGGUGGAUGCAAUUUGCGAAGUUCCCUUUGAAAGGGUUGGAAGUCUUGAUUCUACGUAUUCACAAAGAUUGUUGGCCUGAGAAACCAGGUUCAAGUUUUAGUGAGCUCUAUGGAACCAAUCAGCAUGAUACUGAUGGGUCUCUUCGCGAUCCUCGUGAGGUCGAGAAGAUGGGAUUUGAACUUGGUGAUGUUCAUAUCAAGGGGCUGAGAUGCUUCACGUACGAAGACACUUCUGAAUAUUUCCUCCCGAGAGAUUUGAUCCCGUGUAUUUUGGCGAAGAAUAAAGGUAUCAGGGAAGAGGAUAUGAAGGGUUUGACGGAGAGCUAUGGGAAAGUAAUGGCGGCGAGGUGCAAACUAAGAUGGAAAAAGGCGGCCGCUGAACAACAUGCUAGGAUGGAAAAAGAGUUUACGAAACGGCUCUUGGAAGGAUGUCAGCAUGAAGUUGACAUCCGGCACCACCUUGUUGAAUUUUCGAAGAGAGUUACUGAGUCUCUUGAGGGGGCCGGUCUCAAGGAGACGAGCUCCGAAAGCACUGCUAGGGGGGUUAGCCUUGAGGGAACGGACAUCAAAGGGGCGAACAUUGAAGAGACAGAAUCCAAAGAGACGACAGAUAAGACAACAAGCCUUGAUGUUACGAACCCUGAUGUACCCAAGGAGGAUAUAUCCAAAAAUGAAAAAUAG